UUAUUGAGGCUGGCUUUUCAUCCUAGCGUGGUGACGUUCGACAACAAAGAUGGCAGGAGGAAGCAGCAACUACUGGGAAGAUCUGCGAAAGCAGGCUAGGCAGCUGGAGAAUGAGCUUGACCUGAAGCUGGUCUCCUUCAGCAAGCUGUGCACCAGCUACAGUACUUCCAGAGAUGGUCGUAGAGGAGACAGCAGCUCAGACACAACACCUCUCCUAAACAACUCAACACAAGACAGGAUGUUUGACACCAUGUCUGUGGAAAUGGAACAGCUGUUGGCUAAGCUUACAGGGGUGAAUGACAAGAUGGCAGAGUACACCAGCACACCAGGAGUGUCCUCCUUGAAUGCUGCUCUCAUGCACACCCUACAGAGACACAGAGAUAUCCUGCAGGACUACACUCAUGAAUUCCACAAAACUAAAGCCAAUUUCCUGGCUAUCCGAGAGAGGGAAGACUUGCUGGGGUCUGUCCGAAAAGACAUUGAAACGUACAAGAGUGGUUCAGGAGUAAACAACAGAAGAACCGAGCUGUUUCUGAAGGAGCACGAACACCUGAGAAAUUCCGACCGACUGAUGGACGACACAAUAAGUAUCGCCAUGGCGACUAAGGAAAACAUGACUUCUCAGAGAGGCUUGCUGAAGUCUAUACAGAGCAGGGUCAACACCCUGGCUAAUCGCUUUCCAACAAUCAACAAUCUCAUCCAGCGAAUCAACUUGCGGAAGAGACGGGACUCCCUCAUCCUGGGCGGAGUCAUCGGGGUCUGCACUAUCCUCCUACUCCUUUACGCUUUCCACUGACGGACAAGCCUAACCCACAGAAGGCUGAAAACAGAGGAAGAUCAGCUGAUGCUGGCGGGCUGCUCUGCAUCCAUAGCAUCAGAAACUCUGCAAGACCAGGUUUUGUUAAUGGAAGACCCUAUUGGCGCCCACAUGGCCCAAUCAUAUAACAGGAUUAACCGUGGCCAACAUGGACUACCAAGAUACCUAUUUAGCGCAGAACAGGGAAAGGGGUGGUAGAUGGAUGGGAGAGAGGAAUGGCACUUUUGCUUUUAUGUUAUGUUUUCCCAUCACAGCGAUAACAUCCUGGUCAGAUACGGAUAAGGGAACAGAGACCAAAUGUACUAAUAGUACUAGAUUUUAAAAGUUAUAUAACUAUCGCUUUGGCAAAGAAUCAGGCUGAAGACGGCCCAAAGAGACUAUUUUCACCGAAUGUCAUUUAUUUCUGGGCUUGAAGGAUUUUUAGUUGGAUGGUUUUUAUGUGGUGGGAGGUGGGUUAUCAUGGGCGGCUGUAAAAUGUGCAUUAAUAAAUUAUUCAUAUAUGGUAUGUAUGUAAAACAAAUUGUGUGGAAUUUGACACAUUUAAAAACAUUUUAUUUUUCAAAAUAUAAAAUUUCCACUCAA